CCAAUCUGAAUCAAGAAUGUCACAUUCUUGACCUAAAAUGGUUGACAAGCUACAGCAGAUGAGUUAAUGGUGCAAAUUCCACCAUAUGCAGCCUCCCCAUUUGAUCAUUUUCAGACACAGAAAUCAAAAAACAGAAGAAACAGGAGCUACAAGAAUGUCAGAUUACAUACCUAAAGAAGUCUUGCUUGAAAUUUUCUUAAGGUUGCCUGUGAAAUCACUUCUGAGAUGCAGAUGUGUCUGCAAAUCAUGGUACUGCCUGGUGUCCAACCACAACUUCAUCUCCAUGCACACCAGGAACGCCAUUGAAACCACUAGCAAAAGAAUCAACGGCCAGUAUCUCCUCCUGAGGCACUACUCAAGAGUGGACAAGAAAGAAAGAUUCACUUUACACUUGGAUGACGAUGACAAUGAUGAUGAUGAUGAUGAUUUGUUUGGUGAGUAUCAACAGCUUGAUUUUCCAUUAGAGAGUAGCUGGGAUUACUUUGAAAUUGUUGGUUCUUGCAAUGGAAUCGUCUGCUUAACUGAUAAUCACUCACACAUAUUAAAACGUAUAAUUCUAUGGAAUCCAUCAAUAGGGUUAUCAGUAACUCUUCCUCUUCAGCGAUUUAGCUACAAAAUUUCAAAUGUAAUUCUUGGGUUUGGAUUUGAUUCUUUGAAUAAUGACUACAAAGUCAUCAGACUUGUUUAUUAUUCAAGCAAUGGAGGUUCUUUAAUAGUCCCACCAGAUGUGGAGAUCUUUGAGCUGAGUAAAGGAGCUUGGAGAAUCAAGAAUUCUGAAUCUGCUCCUGCUUAUAUCGUCUCUAAAUAUUCAUCACAAACAGUACUUGAAGGAUCUAUCCACUGGGUUGGAUAUUAUAAUCCAGGAAAACUAACAGUAGCAGUAUUUGCUGUGCAUGAAGAAGAAUUUAAAGAAUUCAAGCUCCCAGAUGAAAUAGUUAACACCAGUGUGCAAAAUCUAUCUGUCAUGUUAUGUGGUCAACUGCUUUCUCUGAUACAAUACAGGAAACGUAGAGGUCACCUGUGUUAUGAGAGUUGCAGCAUUUGGGUAAUGAAUGAGUAUGGCGUAGAAGAAUCCUGGAAGAAAUUGUUCAAUGUGGUUGUUCCGGGAGGCUUGGGGAAGACACUUGGCCUUAGAAACAAUGUUGAAGUUCUGGCAGUGGGGGCUGAUGGAGAGCUGAUUUCAUAUGAUCCAUUGAGCCGAAGAGUGAAAAGAUUGGGAAUUUAUGGUGAAUCAUGCUCAUUUUAUGCUGGUUUAUACAUGGAGAGUCUAGUUUUAAUGAAGGGUAAAAAAAAGUUUUUGGUGCACUGAAUUUCUGGGACUGCAACAGUUUAAAGAUUCUGAAAAUUUCUGCUGAAGUAAAGCAGCUGAAGGCUAAAGGAAGGGAAGAGCUGUUACAGAAGGAGUAUUAGAGAAGUUAAAAGGUGUGUUUGUUAUUCAUAUGGUGGUUUGUUUCAGAAGCUUCGCUGUGGCAAAAAGUAAAAACACUGUAUAAACAGGUUAAAGAAUCAUAAUUUUAUGUUCAGAAACUUAUCCUAGUA